UUUUCAAUUAAAAAAAAAAAACUCUAACAGCUUCUCUGAUCCGGAGGACGAAUUAUCAGUCGCCACAGGGUUUGUUAGAUUUUGGGCAUCUUUGAUUUUGAGAGUAAAUUGAGGUUCUGGGUUCAAUUUCCUAUUUUUAGCUUCCCAAUCAGGGGAUUUUGGUUUAAGCCAUUGAAUCUAACAGUUUUAGGUUAAAAACUCAUUCAUUUUAUGGAAUUUGAAUGCCAAGAAAGCACCCUGGUAUUUAAGGAUUUAGCAAACUGCUCCGAGACGAAUCAUUUUAGUUCCAAUUCCAUAACGGAGGAUUUAGAAAUUUCGAAACUGACAUUGGAUUGUAAUCGUAAGAAAGGGAUCUCGAGCUCUUGUAGUUCUAAACAGGUAGCUCCUGAUGAUGUUUUUUCGAAUGUCUGGCGUUCGAUCACUGAUCUCCCACCAGCCUUGAUAUCAGAGAUUUUGAAUUGUCUUGACCCCAAAGAGCUCGGUGUAGUGUCUUGUGUGUCCACCACUCUCCAUAGCAUAGCAUCCGAGCAUCGGGUUUGGAAGGAAUUUUAUUGUGAGAGGUGGGGUUUACCGACUGCAGCUUGGUUUUCGGAUGAGAAGUCGUGGAAGGAACUGUUUGUGGAGAGGGAUUAUAGGAGCAAGACCUUUUUAGGAAGGUAUAGCAUCGAUGUUCUAUAUGGUCAUACUGAAGCUGUUCGAACCGUGUUUUUGUUGGCUUCUGCCAAGCUUGUUUUCACAGCCGGGUAUGACUCAGUUGUCCGAAUGUGGGAUAUGGAAGAGGGGUUGUCCAUUGCAUCAUCCCGCCCCCUUGGUUGUACUGUUAGGGCAGUUGCAGCAGAUACUAAACUAUUGGUUGCUGGGGGUACCGACGGAUUUAUCCAUUGUUGGAAGGCAGUUGAGGGUCUUAAAUAUUUGUUUGACCUAAAGGGAGUUGAGAAACCGAACACCGAGUUUCGACUUUGGGAACAUGAUGGGCCCAUAACUUCUCUUUCUUUGGACCUUACUAGGAUUUAUAGCGGUUCUUGGGAUAUGACUGUUCGUGUGUGGAACCGGUCGACACUGAAGUGCACACAGAUCUUGAGGCAUGGUGACUGGGUUUGGAGCCUUGUUCCUCACGACACGACUGUUGCUAGCACGGCAGGUUCGGAUGUGUAUGUUUGGGAGACUAAUAGUGGGACUUUGUUAAGUGUGAUUCACAAUGUUCACGUCGGUUAUACAUAUGCCUUAGCACGGAGCCGCACUGGAGACUUCCUUUUUACCGGAGGAGAAGAUGGGGCAGUACAUAUGUUCGAGAUCAUAACCGAGUCUAAGGAACAUAGAGUCGUGAAGGUUGCAACAUGGAUUCCUCACUCAGGAGCUGUUUAUGCCCUCGCAUUUGAGUUCCCUUGGCUUGUGUCAGCUUCCAAUGACGGGAAGCUCGCUCUAAUUGAUGUUCGAAAGUUGUUGAGGGCCAGUAUAGGGAAAAGAGUUCCAAGGUUUAAAGAAUCCGACCAAAAGACUAUAGAACCACCCCAGAGAAUGCUGCAUGGAUUCGGGUGCAAUUUAUUCUCGGUCGACAUUGGAGCAGAUCGAAUCGUUUGUGGCGGUGAGGAAGGUGUUGUUCGUAUUUGGAACUUCUCGCAAGCAUUAGAAAUCGAGCAGAGGGCCCGUGCUCUAAGAGGAAUACGUUUGGAGAAUAGAAUGAGACGGCGCAGACUUCAGAUCGAGAUGAAUGGUAAGGGUGGACGAAGUGGUAGGUGUUCGGUUGCUGCCAAGAAGAAUCUGGUGGACGGUGAUAGGAAUAACAGUGUCUGGCAUAGUAAACGGAGCAUUGACUCAAAGGUGAAGACAUAACAUCUGUUAUGGUUACAUAUUAUAUAUGCCUCUAAGCUUCCAACAUAUAUCACGCUUCACCUUUAUGAUAAAAUUCAUACAUAAUAUGCAAUUCUCCAAACAUAUUAGCCUCGGAUUUUAAUCUUCAUUUUAUGCCAUAUU